AUGAGAGAGACUAUUGGAGACUUGCAAAGUCGGUUGGAAACGAACGAAGAGCUUCUGAAAGUGAAAAAUGAACAAAUCUCGGAUCUAAGCAGUCAGAUAAAGUCGAUUGAAAGAUCUAAUCAGCUUUCGGAAUGCCGCAAAACUGAUGACAAUUUACCCGACUCAUGUCCCAGGGGCAGUCCCGAUGGCAUUUACCUAAUAAAGAUUCGAGAUUUCGAGCCAUUCAAAGACUUCGAUCGAACCUGGGAUGAUUACAAAAAUGGAUUCGGAAAUCUCAAUGGAGAAUUCAUCGGGCUGGACAAUUUGCAUCGCAUGACAGAGGCACGACCCCACGAACUCUACAUUACGCUAAAGAAGGUUGAUGGAUCCAUCAGCCAUGCUCACUAUGACGAUUUUAAAAUUGGCAGUGAGGACGAAUUGUAUGAGCUGAAGAGUAUUGGGAAUUAUUCCGGUGACGCCGGAGACUCCCUUAAUACCACUAAGAACAAAAAGUUCUCUACAUUUGAUCGGGAUAAUGACGAAUGGGAUGGAGCAAAUUGCGCUCAUCUGGAAUACGGUGGUUGGUGGUAUGGCAAUUGUGGUUCUAGUCAGCUCAAUGCAAAAUACUAUAAAGAUGGCCAAAUAACCAAUGAAGACAUAGGGAAUAAACUAGGGGUCAGGGGAUGACUACGACAGGAAAAUAUCACUCACCUACGUUGAAAUGAUGAUAAGACCUAAGUCCUUAUGAAGCGCAGUUGUAAAUGAUCAACAAUCAUUGCUUCAAUCCAAAGGAAGUGAAUUUGAAAAUCUAUGAUAUUGCUAUUUUGCUAUUACUAUUUUAUUUUUGCUUUUACUAUUUUAUUAUACCCG